CUCCAAACAAGGGAAGGGCUGGCUGACUAGGCCAAGCUGAUAACGUUAGCUUUCAACAGCUUUCCCUAAGCGCUUCUCCUGAAAGGGGCAGGAAAUGGGUUUUCCUUCUUUGUUUUUGAAGUGAAGUUAGACAGUUUCCUUAUAUUUAAGAAAGGACACAGACAGACUCAAAACUGUUGAACCUGCAAGCAGCUUUGAAAGGGAGCAGGUGAGAGCGAGAGGGCCUCUCGUGGGUUUUUACUGCGUGUCGAUCGAUAGGAAAGGUGAGAGGCUGAGAGAUGAUGAGAAGAAAGAGUGACAAGGAUGACAGCAUCAGCCUCAUUGUGGAGAAGGCUGCACUGGAGGAAUACUACGGCAGCCUGGACACAAACACAGGAAGCGCAAUGAUAGAAACGAUUAAUGGACAGGCAAAGGAUAAAGAAGACCCAAAAAGGGAGAAGAGUUUAAAUGUGUUCAGUGAUGGAGUCACACAAAUAGACUUUGUGCUGGUGUGGGAGGUGGACCGGAAGGGGAAACCGAAGGAGGGUGAACCCAGCAAGCACAAAGGCCAUUCCCUGAAUGAGAACCACGAGAAAUGGAGGCAGACUUUCCUCAAGAAACUGGAGAAAAGUGGCAUACGAAUCGAGAUGCAUUCUGUUCAAAGUGAGAAGACUGAUAUUACCUAUGUGCUCCUCAACGCCCCCUGGAGUGUGCAAUGUUACUACGCCGAGGAGCUCAGUCUCCGGGUCCCACUGCAGGUUGUGCCCCACCAGAUAUCGAAAUGGUCAGACAAAGCCCUGAAGAAGAUGGGGAUCCCCAACAUCAUGUACCAAGAGGUCCCCAAUAAUCCGCCCGACUUGUACACCUGCCAAUUCAGACUCAGCAAGCUACAGAGAUUCAUUGGAAGUGACAAUCAGGACACUUUCUUCAAAAAUACACAACGUCACCAAAUACUGUAUGAGAUCCUGGCCCGGACGCCCUAUGGAGCCCUGAAGAGAGGAGAGGUUGGGAUCGACAGGCUGGUCAAUGAAAACGUUUUCAAAGCUGCCUACCCGCUGCAUGAUGGUCCGUUUAAUGUCCCGCCAGGAAACCAGGACCCCAAAUCACUGAACCUGCGUCAGAUCUUGUACCUGUACUGGGGUCAGUGGAAGUGCUGGUAUAAGUACCAGCCCCUGGACCACAUCCGGCAAUACUUUGGGGAGAAAAUCGCUCUCUACUAUGCCUGGCUGGGAUUUUACACAGGGUGGUUGUUACCUGCUGCUGUAAUUGGAACACUGAUUUUCAUCUUCGGGAUUUUCCUGAUGCUGAUUGACGAGCCAGCGAAGGAAAUAUGUGAGAGCGGAGAUCAAUAUGUUAUGUGUCCCCUGUGCAACAUCUGUGGCUUCUGGAACCUGUCCAGCAUCUGCAGCACAUUCAAGGCCGGCCUCCUGUUUGACUAUGGAGGGACAGUGUUCUUCAGUAUUUUCAUGGCUCUGUGGGCUGUCACCUUCCUGGAGUACUGGAAGCGCACCAAUGCCAUUCUGGCACAUCGCUGGGACUGCUCCGAGUUCGAGGAGAUUGAGGAGCGUCCACGGCCCGAGUUCACAGCAAUGGCCCCGAUGACCCUGCGUAACCCCGUGACCGGCUCGGAAGAGCCCUACUUCCCUGAGAGGAACCGGCUCAACCGGACAGCCACCGGCUGCAUGGUCAUCAUUAUCAUGAUCGUUGUGGUCCUCAUGUUCCUCAUCUCGAUUAUUCUGUACCGAACCAUCAUCAGCAUCUUCCUCUACCACUCUGGAAACCACAUCUUUGUGUCCUCGGCAUCUAGAAUCGCCAGUAUCUCGGGCUCUGUACUCAAUCUUCUAGUCAUCAUGAUUCUGUCCAAAGUCUACACCAGUCUCGCCCAGCUCCUCACCAGAUGGGAAAUGCACAGGACUCAGACUAAAUAUGAAGACGCCUUCAUUUUAAAAGUCUUUGUGUUCCAGUUCAUCAACUUCUACUCCUCUCCCAUCUACAUUGCAUUCUUCAAGGGCCGGUUUGUGGGCUACCCCAGACACUACCAUACUUUACUGGGAAUCCGAAACGAAGAUUGUGGUGCUGGAGGCUGCCUCAUUGAACUGGCUCAGGAGCUGCUGGUCAUCAUGGUGGGGAAGCAGGUCAUCAACAAUGUGCAAGAGUUCAUCCUGCCGAAGGUGAAGAGUUGGCUUCAGAAAAAGAAGCUGAAGACGGGGAAGGGGGAGGUGAAGUCUGAUGAGGUGCACACCCCUCCCUGGGAGGCAGACUACCAGCUGCUGUUGUGUGAGGGGCUCUUUGACGAGUACCUGGAGAUGGUGCUGCAGUUUGGAUUCAUUACUAUCUUCGUGGCGGCCUGCCCGCUGGCCCCCCUCUUCGCUCUCCUCAAUAACUGGGUGGAGAUCCGCCUGGAUGCUCAGAAGUUUGUGUGUGAGUACCGGCGGCCUGUGGUGGAGAGGGCCCAGGGGAUUGGGAUCUGGUUCCAAAUCCUGGAGGUCAUCACCCAUCUCGCUGUCAUCAGCAAUGCCUUCUUGCUCGCCUUCACCUCGGACUUCCUUCCACGCCUCUAUUACCGCUACAAGAACCACGGCAGCCUGGUAGGAUACGUGAACUUCACCCUGGCCUACGCACCUGAGGACUUCUCAAAUCACACCCAGUGCAGGUACAGAGAAUACAGAGAAGUCAAUGGGGAUUAUUCACCAACCUACUUCAACUUGUUGGCAAUUCGGUUGGGAUUCGUCAUUAUCUUCGAGCACAUUGUGUUCUUCAUCGGUCGUAUAAUUGACCUGAUUGUACCGGACAUCCCAGAGGAAGUGGAGAUCAAGGUGAAGAGGGAACACUACAUGGCCAAAGAGGCCCUGGCUGAGAACCAGGUUUUGGGAAAAGCACUUUUUGAAGAGACAGACCAGCAACCAGAACUCAGGGAACGGCACAGGACUAAACCUACAGAGGACUAAACCUAGAGGGGACUAAACCUACAGAGGACUAAACCUACAGAAGCCUUACCUCCAUGCUUUCUAUGUCUUUAUUCACAACAGUCAUAGUUUGUGUUACUCUAUAUCCAGAGACCCUACAGAUCAUUUUGUGUGUUAUUGAAAGUGUUUUAAAUGCCUACAGAUUCGGGGGAAAGAAACCUUUUGUUAACCAUACAUUGGGAACAGAUUGCCAAGUGUCAUUAAAAAUGAAUAUCAAAUGUCUGUUUAACAUACCGUUGAUGUGUAAUGAAACAUUAGAAACCAAUAUUGUCAAUUGCAAGGAAAUGAUUGUUGCACUGUGUAAGUAUGCUUGUGAUUAGAUGUUACAUUUGCCAACUCUACAAAUUAAUUCAAUCUGGUUGAUGAUUAUAAAUAUAUAUUUUUUGUUGUAUUGUAAUAUAUAGUUUUCUUUUAUGAAGACAGUUUUAAACAC